AGUGCCGAUUCGCUGUAAUCUUGAGUGUUUGCGCUGCAAGUCUUUGGCAGUGAGCUUCGGACCAGUCGCACUUGGUAGCCGUAGGGUGGGAGGUUCAGUGUCCGGCUCAGUUAGACGCACUCAACGGGAGAGCGGAGAGCAGAAUCUGAUAGCCGCCCACGCCUGAGACGGACUUGCCGCCCCCUCGAUCGAGACGCCGCAGAGCCCGGGGAGUUCGGAGGAGAGACCGCACGGCGAGGGGAGGGCUUGGGUGAGCAUGUCCGCGGGGGCCGCGCAGGAGGAGGAAGCGCGUUCCUGAGCGAGCGAGCGAGCGAGCGAGCGGACGGACGGACGGACGCCCGCAGCGGGGGACCCUCAGCCGCCGGGACUCUCCAGUUCGGCCAUGGCCGGAUGCCUCUGGCUGGGCGGAUAACCGGAGCCCGCUCGCCCAGACCUUCCGAGCGCAAGCCGCUUUGACGUCCGGCCCAACCCCCCGCCCCCCUCCCCCUUCCCCUCUCCCUCGACUCGCCCUCCCUCCUCCCACCCCGGCCCCCGCCCGUCCCGAUCCGCCUAGCACCCCCCCCCCCCCCCCCGUCCCGGACUGUGUCCCCCCCCCCAGCGGCUCAGUGGGAGAGCAGCCUGUGGCUUUUGGGAGGGGACCGCGGGGACGGUGACAUGGACUCUGGAGGAGCGUAGGAUGGAAAGGAGACGGCCGCCUGGCUCUCAGCUGCCCACACCCUCUCGGACUGGUUAACGUUGGGAUCUCAGGCAGUGCCGGGGGGAACAGUAUGCAGGAAGCUGGCUUUCCAGCCACCAAUGCUUUCACAGAGUGCAAAUUCCACUGCACCAAUGGCAAUUGCUUGCGUUUUGGCUCAUUAAUCUGCAAUCAGCUGAAUAACUGUGGGGACAACAGUGAUGAGGAGAACUGCCCGGUGGUGACACAACACCCUCCGCCCGCCAUUUUCAACUCUGAACUGGAGUUUGUUCAGAUUAUCAUUAUAAUUGUGGUGAUGACCGUGAUGGUAGUCGUGAUCAUCUGCCUGCUGAACCACUACAAGCUCUCCACCUGGUCCUUCAUCAACCGGCAGAGUCAGGGUCGGAGACAGGAGGAGGCGCUGCAGCCGGAUGGGUGUCUUUGGCCAUCAGAUGUUUCUCGCCAGGGAACCUCAGAGAUAAUGUACGCCCCGCAGUCCAGGGAGAGGUUCACCGCCCCCUCGUUUAUGCAAAGGGAUCGAUUCAGUCGCUUCCAGCCCACCUACCCCUACAUGCAGCACGAGAUCGACCUGCCCCCCACCAUCUCCCUGUCGGACGGGGAGGAGCCGCCCCCUUACCAGGGCCCCUGCACCCUGCAGCUGCGGGACCCCGAGCAGCAGAUGGAGCUGAACCGCGAGUCGGUGCGGGCCCCGCCCAACCGGACCAUCUUCGACAGCGACCUGAUCGACAUGCACAGCGGCGGGGGGCCCCGCCCCCCCAGCAGCAACUCGGGCAUCAGCGCCGCCAACUCCAGCAGCCACGGGCGCAUGGAGGGCCCGCCGCCCGCCUACAGCGAGGUCAUGGGCCACUACCCGGGCUCCGCCUUCUUUCUUCACCAGCACAGCAAUAAUCCUUCCGCACAGAGGGCAGGAAGCAGAACGAUCCACCCCCAGGGCGACCCCGAAAGCACAACGGCUCCUGCCAAGGAGGGCCACCGGGAUGAACUGGUGUGAUUGGGGGGGAGGGGGAGGGGCUGUGCUCGCUGACUCCGCCCCCCAGAUCCUCCCUCCACGCGAGGGGGCGUGGCCUCUUUCGUUGACACUCCCAUGCACAACUGAGUAUCAGCCUUCGCUACAACGACGAUAAGAACACGAGAAAAGAGGGAAAAGCUUAAAAAAAACAGUCUGUCUUUCUUUUUGAAUUCAUAUUGACGGAACUCGAGUGAAGGGGGGGGGGAUGGGGGGGCGUGUACGCACUGCGUGGUGUUUUUGGCUUCGUAGUUAUCUUUUUUUUUUUUUGUAUUCUUUCCUUCAUAUGAGAUAAAGGAUUAUUAGCACAGAUUCUAAAAAAAAAAAAUUCCCGCCCUCUGCCCCCCACCUCCCCCAAAGACAGCAUGGGUUAGAGGACUUUUUGUUUUUGUUUUCAAGACCGGAAUCUGUGCACAACCAAGAUUUUAAAAACCAAUUGAAAUCCAAAUCUGAGUGCCAAGAUUCAUGUAGAAGUUCAUGUGGAGGUUUGACUCCUUUAACAUUCAAAAGAAAAGUUAUCUAAAGUUGCACUAUCUUAUUGUUUUGAAGAGAAGAGGGAAAUGCUCUGUGUAAUUUUUAUUUGUGUGUGUUGUCCUUUCAACUGUGGAUUCAUCAUAGGCUCCAAAGGUAUUUUUCAGUGGGAGCAAUAGGGGAAUGUCCUUUUCCAUUGGAAACGCAGGAUAAACUCAGAUCCAGCCUAAAUUCUUACGAUUCAAACAACCACUACAGGGACACUUAAAGGAAAGUCUUUGUUCUGUUCACAUUCUCUUAAAGAGACCAUUGUAAAAGUCUGUCGUUGGUGUGCUGGAUGAGAGGCAUUCAAAAUAGUAAUUUAAACAUGACCUAUAUAUGUAUGCGUGUGUGGAGGGGGGGGAGGGGGCACUGUCCAAUCAGCUUUCUGUUCAGAGUGAGCUGUCAUUUUACAUUUCCAUGGUCCCAUUUGCCAAUCAGUAAGUCCAAGAGGGUUGUCCAUGCAAAUUCGCAGUUUUUAUUUUUUACUAGUUUUUUUUUUACAUGUAAAACCUCUUGUCAGAUUGCCUUCUAGUCAUGGACAUUUUGAUACCUAGAGUGACAGCAAAAUUCCUACAGUCGUUAAAAUAUGAUAGUUUAAAAAUAAUAAUUUAAACUUGAUACUAGAACAUUGGUCACCCCAAAACCAACAAAUUGUAUCCGAUGAUAAAUUGGUGUUUUUUUUAAUAUAUUUUUUUAUUUUCCAGAGGUUUGAGUGGAGUAGAAUAGUUUGACUUCCUGUUCCGUUUCAUGAAAUUGCCUCCCCAACCUUUUGCCCACAUCUUAAAAAAAACACGCGAGGCACGUAAGUAGUUGCCAGGCCGACGCCGCUCGGCGUCUUCGAAUCAGAUUCCCUCUCCGCCCUCCGUCCUGCGGCUCUCACGAGGCAGACGUUAUUUUUUCUUUUUUUUUCCUCUUCAGUCACUUCCACGUUCUCCGCGCCUGGCUUCUCUCUCCCUCCGGUAACGCCCACGCGCACGGCGCACUCGGCCAACGUCUUCUCGCUUCUGAACUACGGGACGGGAAGAAGACGAGGAAGAAAAACAGGAAAAAAAAACUCAACAAAAAAACAAGCUGAAAUCCUUUCUUGACACACACGUUCCCCCCCCCCCCCCCCCCCACCCCCGAAGUCGUGUGUGAAGAUCUCCUGUCGGUGUCAGUGUUAUCAGGUUUCCUUGAACUGUGGUGAACUCAAGGGCUGUGUGAGAGUCCUUCGGUGACCUUUGAACCUAGCCUUUCCCCUUGCGCGCCGUUGCCUUCUCCUCCGCUCUUUCUCUGUCACUCAGCAGUAUUAAGCCACCCCCCCCCCAGGGUUUUUACUAUGUUUACUACCUGUCCCAGUACAGCAAGGCGUGUUUUACAAUGCAGAGCUUUUGGGUCCCUUCAAAAAGUAAAACUGUAUCCCUGAUUGGCUGUUUCCUGGCACAGCCGAUGCCUUCACCCUGCAUGCGUCAUGGGCCCGGGGGUGCCCCCACCCCCGCACCCCAGGACAGAUACAUGAACUUUUGUAGAUGCUGCUUCAUUAGAGAGGUUUAAUUUCCUGGUUCUUGUUUCACAGGAGAGCGACGUAGAGUCUCCUGCAUUGCCUUCCUGAGUUGAAUGACGUGUUUUGCCCACUACUCCAGAUUCACCUGUCCACACAACCGCAACAUGGAUUCAGUACAUCUGGAAAAUGUGAUGUUCCCCCCCCGGCUCCCCAGGCAUUAAACAACCACUCGCUCUGUGCUAUAGACCUUUCACCUCGCAAUGCCUGUAUGUGUUGCUUUUAGUUAAUGCUUGCAGUGUCAUCUGGUUACAAAUGAUUGUAUGAGGCUAAUUUGAAGGAAACUCCCUUAAAAACCGAACAGGAAAUGACUCGUAUUUAUCUGCGGAAGGUGUCACUAGGAAAAGGUCAGGAGUGUUAGUGCACUUAUCCAGCACCAUUGGUCAAGUCUGCCUUGCAAGGUCCAAGCGUAUUGCGGCACUGGUGCAUGAUGAUAAACGAUUUACACAGUGAUAUUCCCUGGAUCUAAAUAGGGUUUUUUGGAAGGGAUCUCAGUUUUAUUGCUGUAAAGAGCAUUCACACGUGCUCAAGUGGGGAACAAUAGGAAACAUAGCAGGUUUCCCCAUGCUAGACUUUAUUCACAAGUGAUUAGAAACAAUGAAGAAAACCUUUUUUUUUUUGGUCUUGGUUUUUUUAUUUUAUUUUGACUUUUUCUUUUUUAAUAACCUGGAUCCCAUACGUGGAGAUAAAAGCCUUCCGUUGCUUUGAUACCGACGUACUCCCUCUCUCGCAUUCUGAUUGGCUCUUCCAGAGAGCAGUUUUGUUUGUCGUUUAUAUAUCGCUGCUGCUAUUGCUGCUGCUACCGCCACUGCUGCUGCUGUCGCCGUCGUUCGUCCGUCGUUCCUCCCCCGUCUGCUUACCCCUUAUAUAACCUGUCGUGUGAUAGACAAUUAUUUUACUGUAAGAAGCGGCUUUACCCUUUGCUUUUUUUUUCCUCGUGUUUUUUUGUUUUGUUUUGUUUUUUAUUUCGUUUUUAUUUUUAUUUCGUUUUUUUUGCUUGUUUGUUCCGUCUGCUGUCGUAGCUAGCUACCUAACAAGGAGGAAAAAAAAGUGGUUUUUGUUUUCUACGAGGAGGUUUGCAUGUUACUAUUAUGUGAGCAAUUAAGGUGCCUCAUGUUCAUGUAUGAGCAGACAUAGGAACCCACUUGCACUCAAAAAGCUCCCACCUUCCUUGUGCCUCACUUCCAACGGUGCUUUUUUCAGUAGUCUGUCUCUUUAUGUUUAUUUGUAAGGUGCUGUAUAUAACUUGAAUAUAUUAUGCACAUAUCCUACCCAAUGGGUAGAAACCACAAAAAAGACAUUGUUAAUAAUGUAAUAUAAUGUAUAGAUGAUAUAAAAAAAGAGAAAAAAAUUUUAACACAGCGGCAUCAAAUUUGUGAAUGCCUACAAAUGUGCUUUGUCUUUUUUGUAAACAUGGAAAAAGGAGGUUUGCAAAGUAUCGCUUAAAUAUGAGUACAAUAAAAGGAAUACAAAUUACUACUUAUAUUAUUUUCCUAUAAAUAAUAAUCUGUUACGGUUAGGCUGAAACAAAUGUUCUGAAUUUAGGAAGUUAAAAUAAUUAGUUGCUUUUUUUUCUCCAGGAAAUGAUUAUCUGCACCAUAACGCUUGCUAUAUGUUAAAGUGACUCUUAUUUGGUUGGACCAGUAUUACACACAUUUAACCAGAGCAAUGUUGUUAUUAUUAUUCUUAUUAUUAUUAUUAUUAUUAUAUCUACCCCCAUCUGCUGGUAAAUCAUAACUUAUAGACCAGUUCAAACACCUUGCUGCACUCUUUGAAGGUAACCUUUUUAAAAAGUUUAACAUCCUGAGAGGACUGGUAUACAUUUUCUGAGGACCUUACCACUCAGACUCUGAUGAAUCCCAUGAACACACUGUUAAUGCCAAAAUGGCAUGGACAACGUGCUCCCAACAUCCGUGGGCAUUAACCCUGAACAUAUGGUCCUUAAGGUCGUGGAUGUUAACUGGAGUGUUUGUGUUCAGACGUGGACUCCGUGGCGGCCAUGUUGCAUGAAGUGUGGUCAGGCUUGCAGUCCAGCUGAUCGCAGCCAAUGGGUGCAUGGUUCGUCGCUAGCCGUUGGUCACGGGCACUGGCGAUACAUUCUCCUGUACUGACAGCAUGCUUGGCCCUGAACCACUCAAAAGGCACCAGAGUGGAACUUGCAGUUUGCGCACAUGCAACCGUAUGAUCAGUCUGCUUUCCAGGGGUUUCGUUGUCCAAACUAUUUUAGUAAAACCCUAGGCUUGGGUUGGGAUGGGCCUUUAUAUCACAGAAUAAGUGGCGUGCAUUUCAGAGUUCAUUUCUGCAAAGGAAGCUGGAACAACCCUUAUCUUAUCCACAUUUUUAUGAAUGGAUUAAAACCAUACGUGUGACCACGUCAGAAAAAUCAAUGAAUUGAGGGAGAUUCCACUUUGUUCUUCAGUCAUCGUUAAUCAUUGAACAAGCGCCAUUUCUUUUUCUUUUCUUUUUUUAUUGAGAAGCACACCCAAGAAGUUUUAGAGUAGAAGAGGGUGAAGAGCGAAGCUUUCCACUGCAGUGAAAAAGGCAUCAACCAACCAACCAACCAAAACAAUUAAGUGGGAGGAUAAUGCAGUUAAGCAAAUCGUCAUAUGUUCUUUCUUUAUAUUUUAUACAUAUUCAGUGUACGUGGUAUAUAGGAAAAAAGCUUUUUAAUUGCAGUCAUUUAUUUAUAUACUAAGGACUCCACUGUACAAUAACCGUUGCGCAUGUUCAUUCUAAUCUCUAGGUAAUGUACAUAGCAAUGCCAUUCUUUUUUGUUUUCAAAGCAUUAAGCAAGUGGCAAUUGUGUAGUUUUGAGAGAUCUAUUGUAAUUCUUGUUCAAGCCACAAGCUGUACUCUUUGUUUUUACCUGCACUUGCUUGAAGAACUAACUUGGGCUAAGACUGAUAUCUUCAGUGCGUUCCUCUCUCCAGUUAUUAUCAGAAGUUUGUACACAACUGCUGACGGUAGCUGUUUUUAAAUGUCCGUUCUUAAAAUGUCACACCAGUUCUAUAUCUUUGGUCUUGACAGUUAUCACAGGACUACUUCCAUCAUGGACUUUAACAUUUGUUUUGCUUUAUUUACAAAAUAAAUUCAUACAAACAUGCAUACACAUGUAUACAUGCAUAUAUACUUGUACAUGUGGUAUGUACGCCCAUAUGUAUGUGUAUACAUGUAUGUAUAUAUACAUAAAAAAAUUAAAACUUGUGUAUUUUGCCUCUUUUUUAUUUAAGCAAUUGUGAUGUAAUAGGUUUUAGGCCUAAGGUCUGUUAUUGCAAUACUUUUACAGAAAAAAAAAAAAAAAUCAAAAAAUGUUGCUCUAAGUGCUGUUGUAGUCAAAGAUUUUAUGCUUGUACUUAUGCUGUGGUCAAACUGCAGCAGAAUUAUUAAAACUUUAAAAAGAAAUAA